AUGGCUGGAACCGCUGAUAUCGACCACAUCGCUAGACCGAAACGCCCAAAUAUUUUCCGAGUUCUUCGCCGCACCGGCUACGGCAAAUGCCUCCUUUGCUCGAUUCUUCUUUUUCUUUGCAUCACCUAUGGAUCGUUUUGUCAUAUAAAACAUGAUGCCUAUUCCGGAAAUCAGCCCUUAUUAAUAUAUCAACACGGCCCAUGUGCUCAAGGAUAUAAUUUUGUGCCAAUUGUGUUCGGCCUCAUGUUAUAUAUUGUGUAUAUAAUGGAAUGCUGGCAUAGUCGGACCAAAAUCAUCAAUAUGAAGAAGGUCCGAGUCGAAGAUGCAAUGGAUUAUAUCAAAUCUUUGUGCUCAUCGCCCCCUAUUGUUUGGUGGAAAAGUGUUUGCUAUCAUUACAUGAGGAAAACGAGACAAGUCACUCGGUACCGGAAUGGAGAUGCAGUUCCAGCGACUCAAGUGUAUUAUGAGAGAAUGAAUUCACAUCAAGCCGGUAGCAUGUUCAUUUAUGAUGUUUGCGGAUACAAGGACAUUUCGAAAACGAUUGUUGAUAUUGAAAAGUAUCGAGUGACAAGAAUUCGGCUCUCUCGAAGUUUCGUAUUUGCGAACAUGCAAGCAGCAAAUGAGUUUGAAGAGCAACGAACAAGGUUUUUCAAUGACAAUGAGACGAAGGAUGAUUAUAUGGAGGUUCGUGAAGGAAUGGACCUUGCUGAUGUCGGUUUCGUCGAUGAGAUCCUGGCAUUCAACAAGCCGACACCUCCGUGGUUCCUUCAUCCAAUCGUUUUUUGGCUCUUCUCGCUUUUCCUUCUUUCGUGGCCUCUUCGAAUCUACACCGAAUGGCGAACGGCAAUACUUCCUUUCCAAGUUGUCAAAUUGUUCGGAACACACUACUUGAGUCCAUCUUCUGGAAACUAUACUGGUCCUUUGACUCGAACAUCGACCAUGGAUACGGUUGAAUUGGAGGCACUAUUGAGAAGAGAACAACAUUUUGUGGUUCCAUCGUAUAGCGAAGUCAUGCUAAUGCAAAACACUAUUAGCAAUUCGAGGACUGCGUUCGCUCCUUCACGUCUUCGAGAGUUGAAUCUCAUUCACGCUCGCCCUCUAGUCAGUUCCACAAAUGAGCACAUUGUAUUCCAAAAUUACGGAGCCACCGAUUGUGAGAAUGGAAACCUUCCUUCUACAGCGACAACAUCAAGACAACCGAUAAGGACGAGUCAAAGCAUGAACUUUGCUCAAGAAAUCGGAGAUUCAAAUUCCCGUGGAUUGAUGCGGGCUGUUCCGCGCAGAUCAGGAACUGGUAGAUCGCUAUCAAUCAGUGGAAUAUCAGCAUGGUCAAAUGGAUACCGGGAAAUUGGAUCAGAAGAUGGGCAGUUUUUGAUUGAACGAGACGAGCCACCGCCACCCUAUGAGGUUGCUCUUCGCAUGUGCGCACCAAUCUAUGAACGACUACGACGUUCAAUUUCUUCUCGCAUUGCUUCAAUUUCGCAAUUAAGUUUAAAAGAACCUAAACAAAUCACAGCAAAAUCAAAUUCCAAUAAUAACAACGAUAAUAAUAAUAAUAAUAAUGACGAUGAAGAUGAACCAUAG